GUUUUCCUUAAACGUAACCAAAUAAGAAGGCUAACUGAAUAAAGAGUGUUAGCCUUUUCCUAUCAAUUAUCCUUACAUUUAGCCACAUAGAGUGUGACAUUAGCAAUCCCUUCCUAAGAGUCUUUCACUCUCUUCAUCAUACUCUUCUUCAAUUUUCAAAAAUAAGCGAAAUGCAUUUAACAUUCUUGAAACGGUUACCAGUUCCUUGGCGAUCCAUCAAAGUCAACAAUUGAAUGAAACACGGAUCUAAUCCCUCUCUCCCUCUCUUUCUUAUCCGCCUCAUUAAUCUUUUCUGUCCUUUUCUCUUCUGUUCUGUUCUUGAAAAUAUUCUUCUUCAAAUCUCCAUCGAUUGUAUUAGUUGGUUUCUUCGCACGUAGAUCUCAUGCGCAGUGUAUAAAACUAAAUGUGGCCGCCACGGAAAAACAUUUGAACAAAACGCUAAAUGAUUGCCAUGCUUAGGGUGAAUUCUAAAGCGAAGUGAAAAGACCUUCUAUAGGCCCCUCCUUAUAUGUUUGUAAAUUGUGAUGAUAUUAUUUUACAGGAAAUCAACCAAAGGAUCGGCUUUUUUCCCUUUUAUUGAUAAGACAUAAUAAUUUAUAAAAAAAACUAUUGUAAAGUAUGGACGAUUAGGCCGUUAAUUAUAGGAAUUCAAUUCCUUUUCGUAGCCCAUAUUACGAUUUUUUUAUUGACUUUGCUUUUUUACAACUUGUGGAUGGAACAAAGUUAUAAUCUCUGUAUAUAGAGAGAGGAUAGAAGAAGGCUACUCUCGAGAAAUAGAGGCCGGUUUAAGGAAUUUAUUCGGCUGAAAAAACAAGUAAUAUUAAAACAAACAACACUUAGAAUUGUCUGCUAUAAGACAAACGCUGAAACGUUGGAGAGGACGAGAGACUAGUUUGUACAGAAAUUGAAAACCAUACAGAAUGAUGCAAUGAACUCGAUCAUUAUUCUACUUGUCUCAGUUGCUAAUUGUGAGUUGAUAUGGCCAAAGAAAGAUCAGGUGGCCAUUAUAGAUGGCGAUGUAGCUAUAGGUGGAUUAAUGAUGAUCCACGAAAGAGAUGAGCACUUAAUUUGUGGACAAGUCAUGCCCCAAGGAGGAAUUCAAGCGACUGAAGCUAUGCUUUACACAAUCAGAUGGAUUAACGACAAUAAAAUCAUCCCUGGGAUUAAUCUAGGAGCACGAAUUAAGGAUGAUUGUGAUAGAGAUAUUUACGGUUUAGAGCAGUCAGUCGAUUUUAUACGCGGUAAGUAAAUUCACUUGUUUCUUUGGUUUGAGUGAGGAAAGCUAUCGGCUUCCUGAUGGGUCGUCUUGGCAUGUUCGUGACAGAGUAACCGCAACUUAACAAGUUGAUAGAUAGAGAGACAAUUUUGUCACUGUACGACAUACAAAAGGCCAAUAUUCACUGGCUUCGCCUAGUCAUUUCAAUUCAUAUAUAACCUACAGGUUCAUUAAAUUAGCUUUAUAGCUAGUAUAACUUUCAAGUAAGAAACUUCUUAAAUAACUCUUUAGUACGUUCUCUAUGAGCAUUUCCAGAGCAUUUCCAGAGCAUGCGAAAGGCGCAGAAUAGGCUUUUCUAAAAACUAAUUUGCAAAAUUGUACGGUCACCAACCGCAGAUGAUAUUAUAUCGAUCUUACGUUACUAGCUAAAAAAAUUAUUAAUUGUUACAUGAGCAUAUCGCUAACGUUUAUCGAAGAGCAGAGAAAGAAGACGACUAUUUCAUAAGAGAGAACAAAUAUAUAGGGAAGAAGAAAGCAUUGAGGUUAAGAGGAAGAGGAUAGAGG